AAUCAUAUGUCAGAACCCUGCUACUAGAGCCUGGAUGUGGCUCUGAGUUUCAGGGUCACUGACAUUGAUAAGACACCUGCGUCCCAGGACUCGGAGGAGAAACGGCUGAUGGACUUGGCGGGGAAUUUGCGCGGGGUUUUACUGAGCGGGAAGAGACUGUUCAAAUGAGGGGGAGGGUAUAUAAAGGAGGGUUGGCCGGAGCCUCCCAUUCUUGGCUUUUCUGAUGUUCAUGUUUCCUACAGUAAAAGUUCCUGGUGAUACCACAAAGAGUCUCGUGUGUUCAUUCAGGAGCGGCUGUGGUGAGCUGACACUAAGCCAAGAAAACGGACACCAUCCCGCUGUAGCGGUGAGGUGUAACAUGCAAGUGGAGGAUGAAGAGCUCUUGGGCGCCGGAGGAGGAAGGUCGGAAAGGGCCACUCCCGAGACGGACGCUGAGUUCCACCAGCUGGCGGCCCUGGCGUCAUCCACCGCUUAUGCCCAGCCAAAUGGGGUAACCCAGAGGCGCGGAGUGGUGCGGGGAGAUAGCACCGGAGGAGAGGAAGGUUCACCUUCCCCAGGCCCGCAAAAGAUGGUGUUUCUGGAGGAGAGGAUGUCGGCGAUGGAGACCACCCUGGCAGUGAUGUCGAGGGCGAUGGAGCGCCUGGCGGUUUUGGCGGAGCCGGAGCGAGGAAGGGAACUCCGGGCUAGCUCAAUGUGGGACGUGAGCAUGGGAAGCAGCCAGGGCUUUGCAGACCUCCCAGCACCGAAGGGAAGGGAAAUGCGAAAGGAGCCCGGUGCCCGGCCCAAGAUCCAAACGAGCCUGACGCGGGUGGAGGAGAGUGACGACGAAGGGGAAAAGCCUCCGAUAAUCCCGGCUACGCUCCCAACUGAGACCCUGGUGCCCCUGGCGAAUGCCGGGCGUGGCACAGGACAAAGGGAAGCAGCAGCGGGGCCCACUGGCCCGCAAGGGGGCUUGCGACGGGCGGAGGAUUGGGGAUUGCCACCACAGGGACCCCUACCGAGACGAGAGGAACUAAGGAUCGAGUUUGGGGGAGAGUCCUCUGAACUGGAUUUUUUCCUGACCACGGUGAGGGGCUAUAUGGAGGACAAUGCCCACACUUUUAGAACGGAAUCCAGCCGGGUACGGGCCAUUGGUGCAGUGUUGAAGAGGGGAGCGGCUAGCUGGUACGUUCAACUACACGCGCGGCGCGACCCAUGUCUGGGGUCACUCCGACGCUUUAUGGGGGCCCUGGAGACCCGUUUCCGAGAUCCACUGGAGCAGAUCCGGGCGAGGGAGGAGUUGAAGACCGUCUCCCAGGGGCAGAGGUCGGUAUCUGAGUAUGCGGAGGAGUUCCAAUGCCUCGCUGAAAAGGUGCCGGAAUGGUCUGCAGUGACAAAGAUAGAACUCUUCAAAGAGGGGCUCAGGCGGGAGAUCCUCUCCUGGGCGGUGCAUCGUGAUGAGCCUGACACACUGCGCGGAUGGAUUCAGCUGGCGGGGCGCAUCGAGACAUCGCUGGCCCAGGCGAGGAGGCACCGAGGAGGGCUACAGCAGCGGCCGCAGAUGAAAGAGGGGAGCCGGAAGGAGGGAUCAACCCCAGCCGGGAGGAGAACGGAGCCGACAGGGAACGUGAGCACCAGCAGGAGGGGCUGCUUCGUGUGCGGCCGUUUGGGCCACAGGGCUGCCGAGUGCUGGCAGAGAAAAGGGGAAGGCGGAGGCCCGCCCAAACCAAGAGCCGUGGCAGGGAAACGCGCCGAGGAAGAACCACCGAUGAGGCACCACUCGGGGGGGUUGGACGAAGGGGAGGAGGACGCCAUGUCAGAACCCUGCUACUAGAGCCUGGAUGUGGCUCUGAGUUUCAGGGUCACUGACAUUGAUAAGACACCUGCGUCCCAGGACUCGGAGGAGAAACGGCUGAUGGACUUGGCGGGGAAUUUGCGCGGGGUUUUACUGAGCGGGAAGAGACUGUUCAAAUGAGGGGGAGGGUAUAUAAAGGAGGGUUGGCCGGAGCCUCCCAUUCUUGGCUUUUCUGAUGUUCAUGUUUCCUACAGUAAAAGUUCCUGGUGAUACCACAAA